CGAAAAAUUUUAUUCAAUCAGUCGCCAUCUUGUCUCUGGCCGGCUGAUGAAUCGGGCAAUUUGUCAAAAAUUUUAAAGCUUUGUAAUUUUUUAUUAUACAUUAUUUAUAUGCAUUUAUUAAAACAUUAUCAUUCAAACAAUAAUUUAGUGUUGUGUUUAUAAUUAUUUAAAAAAGGAAACGAAAGAAGUGAAGUUUUAUUAGACAGCGUUAGAUAAUGUAAAAGUCUCAAUUUAAGAAUUAUUUCGUAGCGUGUAGAUUAUUUAUGAAGUGUGUGUUUAGUGGGGCGUAUGUGUAAAGUAGCCCAUUUCAGUAAGCAAAGCAGCGGUGAACGGAGAGAUUAACGGCGGCGGCAUCGCCCAGUAUGACCAUAGCGACUCGUGGGGCCACUGAGCCUCCCGAUCCUACAUUACAACUGCAAGGCCAGACAAUGCCUCCAGCAGUCGUGCAACAACCUGGUGUAAAUACAGGAUCUAAUAAUCAAGUAGUGUCACAAACUGAAAUAAAUAAUGUUCCUGUUGACGAUAACGAUGUUGAAAUUGAGGAAAUUACCGAACCUGAAUUUCCACAUGCAAAAUUAGCUACAUUAGAUGAAAAAAUAUCAAAUUUACGAUGGGUGGUACCCGUUUUACCAGAACAAGAAUUAGAAUGUUUACUUAAUGCUGCCAUUGAUCUUUGUCGAAAAGGGCAAGAUGUUAGAAGCGAGGCGUGUCAACGAUUUUUUCGUGAAGGUUUAACAAUAUCAUUUACAAAAAUUUUAACAGAUGAUGCUGUCAGUAGUUGGAAAUCCAAUAUACAUUUAUGCAUUUAUCAAAAUUGCCUUCGUUUAAUCGAGCUUUGUGUUAUCAAACUCGAUCAAGAUUGGUUUCCAUUACUUGAUCUCUUAGCUAUGGUUUUAAAUCCUUCGAAUAAAUUUCAUACAUUUAAUGUUUCACGACAGAGCGAAACAGUACCACCUGGUUCAAAUAUUCCAGAUGAUGAACUUUAUGCAAGACCACCGAAUGAUAGUCGUAUACCACGUGGAUGGCUUGUUGAUUUAAUAAAUAGGUUUGGGCAAUUAGGUGGUUUUCAAAAAUUAACAGAGCGAUUUUUAUGCGGACGUACAUUGUCGUUGGCUGUCGUGUAUGCAUUAAUCAAACCUUUUGGAUUAUGUUAUGAAUUUUUAACUGUACAAACAGUUGUCAAAUAUAUUAUGCCAAUACUUGAAAUGGUGCCAAGUAUAUUAGAUAAAUUAUCGGACGAUGAAUUAAAACGUGAAGCCAAAAAUGAAAGUAAAAAUGAUUUGGUGGCAGCUAUCAUUAAAGCAGCAAAAUGUUUAGCAUCUAGAGCACCCCAUCAAGACGAUAUGGUUGGCACAUUAGAAGAAUUUCGAUUAAAAAUGAUUUUACGACAGUUACAAAUAUCAAGCUUUAAUGGAAAAAUGAAUGCGUUAAAUGAAAUCAAUAAAGUAAUUGGCAGUGUAGGAUAUUAUCCAAAUAAACAUCAUCUAGAAGAAGAAGAUUGGUUAACAUCGGAACGUAUGACGAAAUGGUUGAAAGAUAAUAAUGUUAUUGAAAUAGUUUUACGUGAUUCGUUACAUCAACCUCAAUAUGUUGAUAAACUAGAAAAAAUAUUACGAUUUAUAAUCAAAGAACGUGCGUUAAGUCUAUCGGAUUUAGAUGCUGUAUGGUCUGCACAAGCUGGUAAACAUGAAGCGAUUGUUAAAAAUGUUCAUGAUUUAUUAGCAAAAUUAGCAUGGGAUUUUAGCCCAGAACAAUUGGAUCAUUUAUUUGAUUGUUUUCAAUCGAGUUGGACAAAUGCUAAUCGAAAACAACGUGAAAAAUUGUUGGAAUUAAUACGACGUCUUGCUGAAGACGAUAAAGAUGGUGUCAUGGCUCAUAAGGUGCUUACUUUAUUUUGGAAUUUAGCUCAUUCAGAAGAAGUUCCUACUGAAAUUAUGGACCAAGCUCUGACAGCACACGUUAAAAUUUUAGAUUAUAGUUGUUCACAAGAAAGGGAUGCUCAAAAAACUAUUUGGUUAGACAAAUGUGUUGAUGAGUUAAAAGCUGGUGAUCAAUGGGUAUUACCUGCAUUAAAACAAAUUCGUGAUAUUUGCUGUUUAUAUGAACAAAGUGGUGGUGGAGGCGGUGGUGGGGGUGGUACAAGUGCCCAUAGUGGAUCCGGACAAUGUACCCAUCAUGUAUAUUAUCGACAAGAAAUUAUUGAUCGUUUACAAAAUCAACAUUCAUUAGUGAUACUUGUAACAAAUAGUUUAAUUACAUAUAUGGAAAAAACACGUGCACUUUAUAAAGAAGAUAAAACUUUAGAUCCAGUAAAAUAUUUACCAGAUCGUCGGUAUAAUCAUAUAUUACAAGUACAAGAACGAUUAAAUUUUCUUAGAUUUUUAUUAAAAGAUGGCCAAUUAUGGUUAUGCGCUGAUCAAGCAAAACAAAUAUGGCAAUGUUUAGCUGAAAAUGCUGUAUUUGUUAGUGAUCGUGAGGCAUGUUUUAAAUGGUUUUCAAAAUUGAUGGGUGAAGAACCUGAUUUAGAUCCUGGUAUAAAUAAAGAUUUUUUUGAAAAUAAUAUAUUACAAUUAGAUCCAGUUUUAUUAACGGAAAGUGGAAUGAAAUGUUUUGAACGAUUUUUUAAAGCUGUAAAUACGAAAGAAGGUAAAUUAAAAAGAAAACGACAUUCAUUAUUGAUGGAUGAUCCAGAUUUAAUUGGUACGGAUUAUUUAUGGCGAGUGGUUACAAACAGUGAGGAAGAAAUUGCAAAUCGUGCUAUUGAAUUAUUAAAAGAAGUGAAUACAAAUCUUGGACCCCGUUUACAGGCCUCGCUUGUUGAAUUUCAUGAAAAUUAUAUAUCAGAAUGUUGUGAUCGAUUACGUGCACAUUAUGAUAAUGUUUCAGUUUUAAGUAGAGAGUCAAUUACCGAAUCAAAUAAAAUCGAUCCAGAACACGAUAGUAAAUUUCGUCUUACUAACGAAGCAAUUAAAAUGUGUCGAGUUAUGAAAGUUUUACAUGAAUAUAUUACAGAAUGUGAUGGUGAUUUUAAUGGCGAACGUAAAAUUUUACCUUUACAUAGAGCUUGUCGAGGUAAACAUUUAACAGUGGUUGUACGAUUUUCGCAUCCGGGUCGACAAAUUGAAGAUUUAGAGGUAUUUACACAUUCAAAUGAUACAAUAGCUGCAUUACGACGUGCAAUUCUUCGACGAAUUAAAGCAAGUUCUGCGUCGGUACGAUUAGAAUUAUUUUUAAAUGGUGAUCCAUUGGAUACAUCGGAUGAUAGAAAAACCUUGGCUCAAAUACCUGUUAGGGAUAAAAUUUUAAUGUCAGCUAAAUUAAGUCAAGUAAAUUCAAAUAUGGCCAGUUCACCGGAAAGUAGUUCAGAUAGUUCGACAAGUUCACCUCAACAUCCUUAUGAUGGACCAAAUCUUGAAGCUGAAAAUACUUUACCUGGAGUGUUAAUGUCAAAAAAUUCCCAACAUGCGCAAUUCUUCUGGCAAUUACAAACAUUAGGCAGUGUAAUUAAUCAGGAUGCGUUACGCGAUGGUGGUCGAGCAAUUUUACAAUCAAUGCCACCAGAUCAAGCAACAAUUGAACGAUUGCAUUGGAUAUUUCGACCACCACCGCCAUCACUAAAUGAUGGAUCCGCUAACACUGACACUCCAAAUCCUGUAUCAGCUCAAGAAUCAUCUUUAAAUAGUCGUAACGAUUUAAAUGUUGAAACAGUUUUUUUUGGACCACCAGCAUCACAAGUUUUGUAUCAUUUGGAGGUGUUAUAUGCGUUAUUAAUGCCAGCUGCAGAUCCAUUAUCUGAAAAAGCAUUUGAAUUUCAACAUUUUGUAAUGACGCAUCCAGAUGUUAGUUUAUUUUUAGAUAUGUUAACACGUAAUAAUUUUAUGCCUGAUGCAGAUUUGCCUACAAAAAGAUCUGCGUAUUUAUCAUUAUUAAAAAUUUGUAAAUUCUUAUUGACUGUUGCGGGCAACGUUGUCGUAAGAUUAGGUGAAGAAGAAGGUUCAUCACCCGAUUUAGGUUUACCAGAAAACACCAACACAAAUUCACCAUUAAAUCCAGCACUGGCAUUAAGUGUGGGAUUACGUACAGUACCUGGACACAGUGCUGAGCAAACAUUACGUACCGUUGCUGUAAAAGUUUCGCAUAAUCUAGCGGAACAAAUGUUAUCGUCAACAAGUAGUACACAACGAACUCAACCGUUAUUUACGCAAGCAAUGUCUGGUGAAUUACCCACAGCUGGUACAACACUAGCAAUUGUACGUUUAGCUUGGGCAGCAUCUAGUGGAAAUCUUCAAGCAGUCAAUGCUGGACCGGAUAUUUUACAUACAAUGUGUGAUCCGUUGAAUAAACCAAGACCUGAAAUUGAGGAUGUUAUGGUUUGUAAAGAAGCAUUAGAGACAUUAACAGUGGCGCUAGUUUUAAAUCCAGCAACACUGGAGUCAUUAGGAACAAAUAAAAUGUGGCAAAUGUUUAUUAUUGACUUGUUGCUGUUAUGUCCAAAUCGAGCCAUUCGGGUAGCAGCUGCCGAACAAUUUAUGAUGAUUUGUACAUAUGGGGCAGCGAGUCGUACAUCAUUACAAAGAUGUAUACAAUUGUUAUUUAGUGUUUUGGAUACAACUGUUGUGGAAAAUGCUGAUAAUUCACAUGAAUAUUUUCAACUUUUAUGUCUACUUUUAAACCGUGCUUUUCUGUCCGAUUGCGCCAUACCAACAGCAUCAACGUUGCUAAAUGCUGAAAUACAAUGGUUGCGUAAUGUACGUGAUUCAUUACGUGAUCCAGAUAAUGCACCUCCACAUGAAGCGGUAUUGGAAGGUCAUCUAGGUCUUGCAAAAGAAUUAUUAAGUUUUAUGAGCCCGGAGAGAAAAUAUGAAAUAGGUUCAAAUGAAGCCAAAGGUGGUACAUUAAUUAAAGAACUUAUUGAAGAUUUUAUAUUUCCACCAUCGAAACAAAUGAUGUUAUUGUGGAAAGAAGGGAAACUAUCAAUGGAACCAUGUGUACCAGUUUGUGGAACUGGUGCUUUACAAGCGGCUGCAUUCGAUUUGUUGGUGGGAUUAAGUGUUGGCUGUGCACCAAAUUGUCAACGAUUGGUUAAUAUGUUAACUGAUAUGUUUUAUUCAGAAUAUGAGCCACCGUUACAAGAAUGGGAUUAUUUACCACCCGUUGGACCGAGGCCAAUAGAUGGUUUUGUUGGAUUAAAAAAUGCGGGUGCAACCUGUUACAUGAAUUCAGUAUUACAACAAUUGUAUAUGGUUGAAAGUAUACGUGUUGGUUUAUUAGCAUGUGACGGAGCUGCCACAGAUCCGGAUGAAGAUUUCAGUGGAGAGGAAAGACUUGAAGGAGAGGCUAAUUUAGAGACUAAUGAUAAUGAUUGUAACGACGAGAAAUGUGGUUUAGAAGAAUCGCGUAAAGAAUACAAUAUUGUUAUAUUAAAACAAGUACAAGCAAUUUUUGGACAUUUAGCUUAUAGUCGAUUACAAUAUUAUAUACCACGUGGCCUUUGGCGACAUUUUAGAUUGUUGGGAGAACCAGUUAAUUUAAGGGAACAACAGGAUGCUGUUGAAUUCUUUACAUGUUUGGUUGAAAGUAUUGAUGAAGCAUUCAAGGCAUUAGGACAUGAACAAAUUAUGAGUAAAAUUUUAGGUGGUUCUUAUUCAGAUCAAAAAAUUUGUAAAGAUUGCCCGCAUAGGUAUUCAAAAGAAGAACCAUUUAGUAUAAUAAGUGUAGAUAUACGUAAUCAUAGUUCAUUGCAAGAUUCAAUGGAACAAUAUGUAAAAGGUGAAUUAUUAGAAGGACCGGAUGCAUAUUAUUGUGAAAAGUGUGCUCGAAAAGUAGUUACAGUAAAACGUUUAUGUGUUAAAAAAUUACCACCAAUACUUGCAAUACAAUUAAAACGUUUUGAAUAUGAUUAUGAUCGUUUAUGUCCAACAAAAUUUAAUGAUUAUUUUGAAUUUCCUAGAGAUUUAGAUAUGGAACCUUAUACAGUUUCUGGUUUAGCAAAACUAGAAGGUGAAGAAAUUGACUGUGAUUUAGAGGGAGGUGGUCGUGAUGUAUGUACAAGAUAUAGACUUUCAGGAAUUGUUGUACAUAGUGGACAAGCUAGUGGUGGACAUUAUUAUUCAUAUAUACUUAAUAGGGAAGCUGGCGGUUUAGUACGUUGGUAUAAAUUUGAUGAUGGUGAGGUAACAGAAUGUCGUAUGCAUGACGAUGAAGAAAUGAAAGCACAAUGUUUUGGUGGUGAAUAUAUGGGUGAAGUAUUUGAUAAUAUGUUAAAACGUGUUACAUAUCGACGACAAAAACGUUGGUGGAAUGCGUAUAUGUUAUUUUAUACACGAUUAGAUAUAGAUGAACGUUCGUUUGAAAAAAGUUUUGAAAAGCUUUCACUUAGUGAUAGUCGAUUAAGCAUGAUGAAAAUGCCCGUACCUAUCGAAAAUAGUGUUCGUAAACAAAAUAUAAAAUUCUUGCAUCACAGGAGUCAAUUUUCUUUAGAAUACUUUAGUUUUAUACGUAAACUAGUCACAUGUAAUGCACCUUCGUUAACUAGAGGAAAUGAAAAACUUAGUCCCGAUGCUGAACAAUUAUCUAUGAUAAGUGUACAGUUAGCUGCUCGAUUUUUAUUCCAUACUGGAUUUCAUACAAAGAAAAAUUUACGUGGCGCCGCUGCUGAUUGGUAUGAUGUAUUAUGUGUACAUUUAAGAGCAUCUGCGCAAGCUCGAUCGUGGUUUGCAUAUAAAAUGCUUUUUCGGUAUCCGCAUAGAUUUUGUGAAUAUUUAUUAAGUUGUCCGCUAACAGAAGUACGUUCUGCGUUUAUGAAAAUUAUUGUAUUUUUAGCACAUUUCUCAUUACAAGAUGGUCCUAGUCCACCACCAAUGAUUAAAACUCCUACCAUUUUAUUAGAUGCAACCGCAACUUUAAGUGAUCAUUUACUGCAUGCCGUUUUAUCGUUAUUACAUCGGGAAGUUAGUGAACAUGGUCGACAUUUACCUCAUUAUUUUACACUUUUUCAUAUGUAUGCUGCAUUAGGUAUACCGGAAAAAGCUCAGUUACUUAAGCUAAAUGUACCAACGACAUUUAUGCAAGUGGCAAUAGAUGAAGGACCUGGACCUGCAAUUAAAUAUCAAUAUCCUGAAUUAAGUAAAUUACAUCAAGUUGUAAUAACAUUAGUACGUUGCUGUGACAUUAGUGCAUUUAAUUUUAAUUCGGCAAAUGUAGAAAAUGUUAUAUUGGCUGAUGGACGAUCACAUACAGUGAAAUCUGAAAAGGUGGCCGCAUUACCAAAUCCAUAUGGUGAUCCCGCAUGUCCUGAACCAAUUAUGACUUUAAAUCCACAAGCUGAAGAUUUAUUAUUUAAGAGAACUAGUUAUUUAAAAAAGGUUAUUGAAGAUACGAAUAUUUUAGAAGAUUGUAUAAAAUUAUUACAAUAUUGUAGUUGGGAAAAUCCACAUUUUAGUCGAGCUGUGUUAUGUGAAUUAUUAUGGCAGGUGGCAUUUGCAUAUUUCCAUGAUUUACGACAUUAUUUCGAAUUAUUAUUAGCAUUAAUGUUAAUUGAAGAUUCAUGGCAAACGCAUCGUGUUUGUAACGCAUUAAAUGGAAUUCAAAAUGGAGUACCUGAAGAACGUGAAGGCAUAUUUGAAUCAAUUCAACGUAGUAAAAAUCAUUACCAAAAACGAGCAUAUCAGUGUAUUAAAUUUAUGGUUACUUUAUUUAGUAGAAGUCAACAUGCGUAUAAAAUUAUGCGUGAAAAUGCUGAUAUGAAAGAAAAAUGGAUUAGUGCUGUUGAUUGGUUGCAUGAUGAAAUGGAAAGGAAAUUUCCAGGAAAUCAACAAUAUAAUUACAAUGCUUGGUCUCCACCAGCACAAUCUAAUGACAACACAAAUGGUUUCUUUUUAGAACGAUCGAAUAGUGCUCGAAAAGUUUUAGAACGUGCUAUGGAAUUAUGCCCUGAAGAGGAAACGGAACCUGAAGAAUUAUCAGAACAUGAAAGUGAUAAUCAGGCUGAAGAUUUACAACCACAAACUGUUCAAGUAAUGCCCGUUGCACAAUCGAACAGACAAUUAUUACAACAAUGGGCGAACACUGGGCGAUUACCAUUAAGUCAACAACAAUUGGCACAUUCUAUACAGUUACAACAACAGUCGCAACAACAUUCUAGUCCUACAUAUACUGCAUACCCAAGUGGCAGUGGUUCUAGUCCUGUACGGAGACUUUCAUCUAAUAAUCAAAAUGUAAUGGUAACCGAAUUACCAGACGUAACAAAGCCUGUAUCACCAUCACCAGCGUGUCCACCAGGAUCGCCGCCAUUAGGGAAUAAUUCAAAUUUAGUUGUCGUUGAAUGGGGUAAAUCACAACAAGUCAAUCAACAACAAACUCCACCAUCAUCAGGUAACACUAGUAAUAAUAGUCCACCAGUGGUAAUUGAUUUCCCAGAUUUGACUCGAUUGCAAUUAGUAUCGACACCAUCUUCAACAUUAACAACCACAUCACCGGCAACAACAACAACAACGACAGCCAACAAAGGACGUCAAGGAAGUCCGACAAAAAUGACGGACACUACUAAUGUCACUACCACACUUGAGCCAACAACAAAUUCACAACAAUCGUCAACAAGUUAAGUGAGCAUCCUAAAAUUAUUAUACCAUGUAUAAUAAUGAUAAAUAAUAAUGAAGGCAUGCGCACAUAGAACUUAAUUUUUAUUAUCGUGAUUGAUAUGAAAAACAAAAAAAAGAGCAUAUACCAAUACAGCAGCAUCUAUUUCAUCGUUCUCCCAAAAAAAAAAAAAAAACCAUUUUUAAAGUACCAAUAUAUUAUGUAUAAUAACAGAGUGCCUAGUCUGUCAUUUUAAAAACUGAAUGAUGUUAUGAUGUAUGCGUAAACUGCGCGUGCGUGGACGCAUGUGUAUCUAAAUUGAAAAUUAAUGCCACCAUUACCUACUAUCAAAGUUUAAAAUAGGAACA